UUAGUACUUUAUUCCUAUCGUACGCUGAUACCUAUGCAUUUAAAUCUUAGAUUGCAACUUUGAAGAUCACUGAAUAGUCAGUUUGGAAGUGUUGAUGGAAUUGUUUGCAAACACCAUAUACAUUAGCUACCCACACAUCUAUUCUUGCAUUUUCUGCAUGAAAGUGUCAGUGUUGUCUAGGGAUGUAACGAUUACCGGUGUAAUGGUAAACCACGAUAACAAUUACCGUUUUCAUUUAAAAUAUCAUUAUUAUCACGGUGGAUUACCACGGUGUGGAAACGGUGUGUUUAAUCCUUCCCAGCUUCCCCCGAUUCUCCUGAAGUUGCCGUGCAUGCGCACUGCGUAGCCUCCCAACAUGCGUUUCUUGAAGUUGGAAUCAUGGCGGAAGGAGGAGAUGAUAGUGCUCAGGACAUUUGAUGUUAAAAGUUGCACUUUUGAUAAGGGCGCCUUCCCCAACAAAGAGGAAGGAGGAUGACAAGAGUAAGCAGCGAGUUAAGGAGAAGUCAGGAGCCAUAAAAGAAGGAGCUGACAAAGACCGGGGUCGAGAGAAAAAACGCACACGGCGCAGCGCGUCCAGUCGGAGCAGCAGGUCCAGCUCCAGCAGCAGCUCCGGCUCCAGCUCGUCCAGCGGCUCCAGCUCCUCGGCCUCCAGCCACUCGGGCUCCUCCAGCCCCCGCUCCUCUUCCUCCUCCUCGUCCUCCUCACCCAGCCCCAGCCGCCAGCGCCACAACAACAGACGACGCUCGCGCUCAAAGUCAAAAUCAGCAAAGAAGGAUGACCGGGACCGACGGCGUAGGAGCCCCACACCCAAACCCACCAAGGUCUACCUGGGCCGGCUGACCAGAAAUGUUAUCAAGGAACACAUCCAGGAGAUCUUCUCCACUUAUGGCAAGAUCAAGAUGAUUGACAUGCCCAUCAACCGCGUGCACCCUAACCUGUCCAAAGGCUACGCCUACGUGGAGUUUGAGACCCCCGAGGAGGCGGAGAAAGCCCUGAAACACAUGGACGGAGGUCAGAUCGAUGGUCAGGAGAUCACAGUCACGGCUGUGCUGUCUCCGACAGUGCGCCCUCCCCCCCGCCGGCUGUCCCCUCCCCGCAGGAUGCCUCCCCCUCCACCAAUGUGGCGACGCACUCCGCCUCGAAUGAGGAGAAGGUCUCGGUCUCCACGGCGACGCUCUCCAGUACGCCGCAGGUCUCGAUCCCCCGGCCGCCGCCGACACCGGUCACGCUCUAGUUCCAACUCCUCCCGCUAGGAAAAGAGGACUCUUCUCCCCCCUCCAACCCCCCUUCCUUCCUCCCCUCUGGAUCUGCUCUGCUGCUGUGUUAUGUAUUGAUCAGUGUGACCGAACCUUCCGGUUAAUCAUGGGGCCAUUUUAGUGAUGACAGCAUAGACACCAAAUCAUAACUGUAUCCCCUGAGUAAAUGGUUUUAGCCAGUGUGCAAGUGCGCAAAAAAACAGGUGAGUGGAAAUGCACGUACCUGUUUUACAGGCACCCAGCGUCACAUGUUGACGUCAUGUAAGUCCUGGAAUCCCCCAGGCGCGUCUGCGCUGUGUAUCCGAUGGCGCCGCCAGCAAUCGCAGCCACUCAAAACGAUGCUUGCGAUUCCAACAGCCGCGCGUCCCAGAAGCGGCUCUCCGCUGCGCUAAAAAUACGCACCUGGGCUGUCUUUGUCGGAGCCUCAGGGCCAGGCAGGAAGGAGAAGGGCUAGAGCGUCCGGUCAAUCUUCAGAAUAAACAGCCUGUGCAGACUCCCGAUCGUAUAUCACGUCAAUCCACUGUUUUGACAACUAACACACAGCCACAAAUGCUUGAUCCGUGUCGUUCUGAACUGGACUAAAUGGAAGAAACUAUUUAACUAUGUAGACUACUUACUUUUGUGGUAGAAGCACAAAUCUUCAGGAAAAAUGACAAAACUACAAAAUCUGCAAGUUUUGCAGGCAUAACGCUCCACUUAUGAGACGCUCUCGCUGUGGUACUAGGAUUGGGCAUUGAGAACCAAUUCCUACUUGGAAUCAUUUAAAAAAAAUUACAAUUCCAGUAGAAUCAUUUUCUUUAUUGGAAUCGUUUAGAGGAUUUGUUUUCAAAUCCUAUCGUCGCUUCCCAAUUUAAUAUGCACAAGUUUUGGUUUCCGAAGCGGCCAGGCGCUUGUUGUGUUGCAGCCUUGGAGCACAGUAAGUAGCACUCUAGUGUUGGCUUUAUUUUACAUUGAAAAAGCCCUGUAAAAC